CGCAAUUCGAAAUUAUCAUAGUAGUCAUUGUAUAAUUCUGUACCAGGUUUCCGUCAUUUUAGAAUAAAGUACCUACCUUUCGAACAAAAUUACAAUGCUACCUUGCCAAGAAAAUCCAAACGCUGAGAAUGACAGCACAUUCAUAGUGUGGAAAUUAUGCGAUCGAAUUCGUCAAGCUCUAGACUUGGAUCAGGCAUUCCAGCUGAGAAAGACAUUUCAGGGCCAAGAUGUCUGCAGCUCGGGUUACGUCUCGGGGUGCCAGUUUGCAAGCAUUUUAAGUUGUGCCCUAGAUGGAUGCCUUAGUGAUAACGAAGUCUGUCGUUUGACUGAUUUUUUCAAAACCACCGAAGCCGCCGGUGUAGCUUAUGAGCACUUUUUGAGCGUAGUUACGGGUGAGAAGGAAACGAUCUCGCCGAUAAAGUCCAACCAGAAGCUCUCAAGUUAUGAACACCGCAGAUUGUCACUUUUACUAAUGCAAAUUGCUCAAGCUUUACGAUUUCGCGAACAAGUUUUAAAGCCAUACUUUGAAGACUAUGAUUUGAUUGCUCGCAACGAAGGUUCUGUGACAAUCGGUUACCUCAAGCGUGUUUUGUACUUCUUGGGGAUAACUUUGAAACGUGCGGAAUGCGAUCUUAUUGUAAAACGUUUUAUGGUCGAUAGUUAUAAGCUGAAUUAUGAAGCGUUUAUUGACGAGGUUGACCAGCUGUUGCGAUAUUUGGAUACCCUGGGGCCUGUCGAUCGUAAGUGUGACGAUGAGGUUCCACGAAAAACGAUUGCCGUAGAACUCGCGAAGAUAGACAGACCAGAAGUAGGUAAAGUAAGACUAGACGAAAUGCUGCAGAAGAAUACAGCUUAUCAUCCUUGCUUGAAACCUUCGCGACAAGAGAAAAAUUAUCGGGAAUUGAUGCUGCGAAUCCAGCGUCAUAUUUGGGAGAACCGAAUUCGGAUUCGAGAGUUUUUUGAACAAUAUGAUCUGCACUGUUGUGGACGUAUAACUCGUAGUCAAUUCAUUCGAUCGAUGGAUGCUAUUGGGCUAUCAGGGCUGUAUAGACUUCCGCUGACCGACGGUGAAAUUCGGAUAAUAUGCGAUCAUUACCAAGAUGUGAAGAAUGACAAUUGCAUACGUUGGACGAAUUUCACGGAUGAUGUCGACGAGGUAUUCACUACAAAAAACUUGGACAAAGAAGUGUAUCGGAAGAUUGAUUACCCUUCUGCAGACGUUGCAAAUUUACAACCCGAAGGGAUGAGAAUCGUUACGCAUCCAGAGUUGGUGGAUGAGGUUGUAAAAUGCAUCCGGACUUUGGUUGAAGCUAGACGAGUACUUAUAAGACCCGUGUUUAAAGACUUUGAUCUUCAUAGAAAUGGCCACAUUUCUUGUAGUCAAGUGGGCGAAGCAUUGUCAAUGGCAGGUGUGUUUAUUACAGAAGAACAGCGAUACGCUCUAGAACAACGUUAUUCUGAUGAUUUGGGGUUCAACUACGCAAAAUUCCUGCAAGAUAUUGAUCCUAUGCCCAAGAUAAGUUCUGCAUAUGACGACAUGCAAAAUCGGGUGGCUGCUCUGAAUGCGCCAAAAUCUCCAAUAUCAUGUGAUUUUGAGAAAAACAUCGUCCGAGUGAUGGCCAAGGUAAAGGGACAAGUGGUUCGGCGAAAACUUCGCAUCGUUGAUUCGAUGCGAGGUUUCGAUCCACUGAAUCAUUUUCGAAUUACAAAAGAUCAGUUUGAGCGAGGACUUUCUACAGCAAGCAUUGACUUGACGCCAACAGAAGUGUGUACCCUGAUAAAUAUGUUCAAAACGCCUCUUCAAAAUACGAUCGACUAUAGACGUUUCUGUGAUACGAUUGCCGAGGUUGAUUAUCAGUGCAAUCUAGAGAAGGCGCCUUUGUUGGUCCCACUGCAACAUUUCCCUUCGGAAGACGGUCCUCACAAUUACUUGAACUUUGAAGAGCGCACGAUAGUGUCUCGUGCACUUCAAAAGUUGGCUCGAUAUACUGACGCGGUUUCCAAUUUGAGUGCGCUGUUCCAGGAUUUUGACCGUAACCGGAUAGGAUUGGUUAAUCGUAAUCAGUUGAUUCGAGCAUUGGCCACACGUGACCUGCACACGGCUAUUUCCAGUCGUGAGUUUGAAGUACUUUGCAAAUGCUUUGGUGUCGAGAUAGGUUACAGACAAGAAAUCAAUUAUCGAUCAUUGCUUACGGCAUUGGAUUACCUUUACGCUAACAAAGAAAAUCACCCGUUCUGAAGUGGCAAUAAUGGAAAGAUAACUUGACUUCUGAACAACAAAUUGUUCAUAUCUAUAAAUGAUUUAAAAUCAAAUAAAUUCUACUAGUAUCAAUUAACUUGCCGAGCAUAACGUUUAUUUUCUGCAAAAAUGACGACUUGUUGUAAAAUUCUCCUAAUUGUCUUAUUUUGUUUAGGCUUCGUAGUAGCUCUGCAUGCCCAAAAAGAAAAUUGUGAAUUAGAGCAAUGUCCCGUGUAUGGUGAAACGGAAUGGGAAAACGUUCUGACGCUACUUGCCGUGCCAUGGAAUUGUAGCGAAUACGUCAUGUGCGAAAGGGGAAUUCAACAUAUCAGACCAUGUCCACCUGGAUUACACUUCAUUCCCAGCUUGCGCGUAUGUGAAUUCCCAGAUCGGGCCACAUGCAUUGAAUCAUGCAAUGUUACAAAUUAUAUCCAUGAUUGAGUUAUGAUGAACAGCCGUGUUUUGCCGUAAAAUCUAUAUGCCGGAUCAUUGAACCAUGAUAAUUGAGACGGAAUUUUUCGUUGAAUGCAAUUUGUUGUGAUUAAUCCUCCAUAAUCGUCGGUCUUGCGUGAUGUUACUCUAGUUUUCUCGAACGUUUACGGUCCCCAGUUAAGAUUCUACCGCGUGCAAUCAGCGUAUUUAUGGCGUGGUAAGAGGUCGUGAAUAUCAUUCUCCCUAUUUUUCCUUCCAACACUCGCACUAAGUGAACAGCUCACUGAAGUCUGCCGUAUUUUAUAAGAUUCACAAUAUUUUCUUCUUUGUACAUGUGAUACAGCUCGCGAUUCAU